AUGGACGCGUGGACCACCUCUUUAACAGAGGAGCAGCAACCGUCAUCAAAUGUAAUGCUACAGGAUGAUAAUAAUAUACUUAAUUAUUCAGAUCCUCUUUUAUCAAAGAUUCUUAGAGCCAAAAAGGAGCUACAUACAGCCAUGGAACUGAAGAUCAAUGAUGGUGAAGGCGACGAAUCACUAAUUGAACUUUUAGUUAGUGCUUGUGAUGGAGACUUGGUGACUUUGGAAAGCUUACUUAGAAGUAAACCAGGUAUUGUGGAUGAGUUGUACCCUGAAGAUUCAGGUGUUACGUCCUUGGUGUGUGCAAUUUGUUUUGAUAAUUAUGAAGUAGUAGAUUCAUUAUUAUCAUCGCAUGGUGCUGACCCUGAUAUAUGUGAUACUAUAGUGCAUUAUACUCCCAUGAUGUGGGCAGUGUAUUUAAAUCAAUUGCCUAUUGUCAAAUUAUUGAUGAACCAACAAGCAGAUCCAUAUCUCUCACCAGAGAAUAAUGGUAAAAAUGCAAUCACAUUGCUAAACCCUGAAAAUACUCUUUUGUAUGAGUAUUUUAAAUCCCACAAUUUGUUGCAAUCUUCGAAAGAUGCUGAUGGUGAUGAUUUUUUCAGACCUGAGUAUGAACCUCAGGAUCCUUUGGCCGAUGAACUUUCUGUCAAAUUAAAAUUACAGAGUAUUGCUAACAAUCCUUACGACGAAGAGGAUUUAGAUGAUAGAGCUGCGGCACUAGAUGAGGAAGCUGAAUUGUCAUUGGAUCCUAUUCUUGUGAAUCGAAAGGAUUUUGAAUAUGACAAGCUAAUCUCAGGCCAAUAUAUUAAAUUUACAGAUAGCGAUAUACCGUCACUUUUGGAUUACAUUUUCAAAUUGAGAACGACAAAACUCGCUUAUCAGCAUGAUUCAAAGGUUCCUGCUGCGAUAGUAUUUCAAUUAAUUAGAUAUUCACACUUGAAAGUGAAAAGUGAUGAAUUGACUGAAUUCUUGUUUGAGUGCUUUAGUGCUAGAUUAAGAUCGGUGACUAACACUAAGUCCGGUGUCUUUAAUAUGGCAACAACUGAUAAUGCAAGUGCGGCAGCUGGUGCAGGUGAUAUUGUUUUGUUGAGUUAUUGGUUGUCGUCUCUUCAAUUUCUUCAUUUUUAUUUCAGUAAAAAUGACAUUUAUAUCAGCUACCCCAAAUUUUUACAAGAAAUUAUAAAUUUGGUCCAAUCAUUGAUUGCAACUUUAUCAUUUUCAAUAAAUUCGAGAUUGAACUUAUUGUUAGAUGAUUGUCUUUUGAAUUUCACAAGUUUGGUCGAUGUGUCUAACGUAUUGUAUGAGAAGGAUUGGAACUUUUUUAAAAAUAAAAAGAAGCACCCGUUCACUUAUGACGAUAUAUACGAGAUGUUAUAUCCACCAUCACAAACUGAGCAAAUGAAGCCUUCGCCUAUCAGGUAUAUUCAAGUAUUGGGUGCCCUUGAUUAUGUCUUGAAAAUACAUGAGGUUGAUAAGCUCUUCAGGGUUCAAACUUUUUCACAAGUAUUCUAUUACAUCAAUGCAGUCAUUUUCAAUCGGCUUAUGAGCAACGCGAAAUAUUGCUCGAGAGCAAAAGCGAUCCAAAUAAGGUUAAAUAUUUCAACCUUAGAGGACUGGUUGAGAUCGCAUAACUAUAAAAUAUACAGACCUGAGGUAAUAGGACAUAUUAACAAAUUAGUAGGUGAUACCAAUAUAAGGUUGCAUAACAUUUUUUCAGAGGAAACUGAGGACAAAAGAGAUCCACAUACACUUGCAUUUUACUAUAAUUCCUUGUAUCAUGUUGGCAAAAUCCAGUUGCAGCCUACAUUUGAACUUCUUCAAUGGUUGCAAUGCAUGUCUCUGCUACUGGAUGAAGAAAGUUUAAUCAUAACCAUUAACCAAUUUGACGCAUUAAACUAUUAUCAGCUUUAUAAAGUUAUACAUAAAUUGUACAGAUAUGAAGUUGAUGAACCAAAAAUUCCUAAAAAACUAAUCAAUGUGGUGAAAGCUUUAAUGAAUGAACAGGGCGAGAAGCAAAUUGAGAGAAGUCACUUGCACUAUAUGACUCAAUCUACUUUUUUGGUAAAAGAGCUAUACAUAUAUUUAAAUCCAAAUUAUAUUUUUGAAGUGGCAUUGCCUAAUUUGGCAGAACUUAUUAGCAAUUAUGGAUCUGGCAUUGGAGGUGUUAAAAUUUAUAGAAGCAGAAAGUAUCAACCAUCUUUGCCGAUCGCUAUUUCUGACGAUAUUGAAGAACUAUUGAGUAGCAAUAGAGCUACUGUAAAUGAUGACUAUGACUAUGAACAGCAGCGAGAUGACUAUAGACCCGAAGAAAACAACGGGGAGGAUUUAACCGAGGAUAAUUUCAAAGGUGAUGAAAUGUUCAAGCAAGUCCAAUUGCCAAACACAUUAGUACAUAAAGAAUGGGGUGAUGAGGAUAUAGACACAAAUCCUUGGUAA